ACAUACACACACAGACCACACGGUGCGGAACAAUAAACGAAGUUGGAAUCCAAACCCAGACGUCUCCACUGGAGUUUAAGGCUGAGCUACUGGAUCCGGGCGGCGGGCUUCCUUCUCUGCCAGCCUCCUUCAGUCUCUCUCCAUUACGCACAGCAAAAGCCUGGAGAAGGAAGUGAAGUGACCAAUGGAGAGGCGAAGACAAUGCUCAGAGCAGCCCGCUGGGGGCUAAGAGGAGGUAGCGCCCGGUAGAAGCAGGUCGGAAAAGUAAACUUGAAGCAGGUGCGACGCAGAAUGAGGACGAGUCAGCUCCUGGACUGCCUUGUCCCGUGGGCUCCCUGAGCCUUGGGCGCGCCCGUGACCCCCUCCCCCUUCCCCAAGCUCCUAGUCGGUUUCGGCGGCGCAGGUGGGCGUGACAGCGCCUGGCAGGGAGCUCCGCCGCUACUCGGGGCGCUGCGCCUGGGAGGAGGAGGAGAAGAAGAAGAAGAAGAAGAAGAAGGAAGAGAGGAGGAGGCAGCGCCCGUGGAGGGGCCAGGCUAGGCGGAGACGGACGGGGCAGUAGCGCCAUUCGUGCGUUGGAGCGGCCGCCGCCAGUGUAGGAGCUGGAGUCCAAGCCUGCCUGGGACAGCGCGGUGCAAGCAGUAGAGCCCCGCGUCGAGGGGCAUCGACUGCUGGGCAGGAAGCCAACCGACCCAGCAGGAUAAGUGCUUCGCAAUGGGAUUGCUGCAGCCGCCGCCGCCGCCACAGCUACGGUCUCAUGUAACUCCAGUGAGCUUUUGCCAGGCGAGAUCGCUUAGAUUUCUUGUCUCCCCGACCCAGGUUUUCUUACUGACCAGCUAGGGACCAAGGAGGCGGAAGGAGUGAGGGUGUGUGUGUGCAUGAGAGGGCUGGACGGGUCAAGCUUCUGUGCUUUGACCCCCUAAUGCUCCCUCCCCUCCCUUCCCCAUCCCCAUCCUCCAAUUGCCUCUUCCCUUUUUUUUCCUCCUCUUCUGCACUUACAAACCUUGCUUGCCCCUGCAGGCUUGCGGGGUUUGGAAGCUGAGGGGAAGCUCCAGCCCGGGGUUUUUCCACCCGGUUUGUCUUGUACUCCUCUCGGACUGGUACUCUCCCGGACGCACGGCUUACCCAGCAGAGCUGGGCCAGUGCUGCUCUGGGCCGGGGACAGCCUCGGGACAAGGAGAAGCGACGACGUUGCCCUAGUCUCCCGCGGCACGGUUCACUGAGGGAGGCUCCUGCGUGGAGCUGCCGCUCGCAGCCAGGGGAAAGAGAAGUCGGCAAUGAAGGCACUGAGUCCGAGUAGGGAGCACCCGAGCGACUCUGCUCCGGGGCUCGGGGCCGGGAGGGGACCCCUCUACUUCUGCUCUUGUAGUGGGGUCAUGGAUCUCCAGCUGACGACCAACAGCACAGACUCCAGCGACCGUGGGGGGUCCUCCAACGAGUCCUUGUGGGCCGCGGAGAGGCAUCCCCCGAGCCAGUAUUCGCCCGCGGAGGUGGCUGGCAUAGCGGCUGUGGUGAGCUUUCUCAUCGUCUUUACCAUCGUGGGCAACGUGCUGGUGGUUAUCGCUGUGUUGACCAGCCGUGCCCUGAAAGCACCCCAAAACUUGUUCCUUGUGUCCCUGGCCAGCGCUGACAUUCUGGUGGCCACUUUGGUCAUGCCAUUCUCGCUGGCCAACGAGCUCAUGAACUACUGGUACUUCGGCAAGGUGUGGUGCGACAUCUACCUGGCGCUGGACGUCCUCUUCUGCACCUCCUCCAUAGUGCACCUGUGUGCCAUCAGCCUGGACCGCUACUGGUCCGUGACGCAGGCGGUAGAAUACAACCUGAAACGUACCCCGCGCCGUAUCAAAGGCAUUAUCGUGACUGUGUGGCUCAUUUCGGCCGUCAUCUCCUUCCCUCCGCUCAUUUCCCUCUACCGGGACCCGGAGGACGACCAGUACCCUCAGUGCGAGCUCAACGACGAGACGUGGUACAUCCUUUCCUCCUGCAUCGGUUCCUUCUUCGCGCCCUGCAUCAUCAUGGUGCUGGUCUACGUGCGCAUCUACCGGGUGGCCAAGCUGCGGACACGGACGCUGUCUGAGAAGCGCACGGUGCCCGAGGGCUCGUCCCAGACGGAGAACGGGCUCAGCCGGCCGCCCGUGGGGGCAGGGCCCUCGACCGCCGCCGCUGCCGCCACCUCCCUGCGUCUCCAGGCUGGGGAGAAUGGGCACUACCACCUCCACCAUCACCACCACCACCUUCACCAUCACCACCAUCAUCACCACCACCAGCUGCGCAAGAGUGCCGAGCUCGAGGACAUCGAACUGGAGGAGAGCAGCACCUCUGAGAACCGGCGCAGGCGGCGCAGCCGAGAGGAGGCGGCAGCCCGCAAGGGCAGCCGCGGCUUCUCCUUCUCCUUUUCCUCCACCAAAGGAGGCCCGUCGGCUGGUGCUGGGAGCCGCCUGUCCCGGGCCAGCAACCGCUCCCUCGAGUUCUUCUCGUCCCACCGGCGCCGCAAGCGCAGCAGCCUGUGUCGCCGAAAGGUGACCCAGGCCCGAGAGAAGCGCUUCACCUUCGUGCUGGCUGUGGUCAUGGGCGUGUUCGUCGUUUGUUGGUUCCCUUUCUUUUUCAGCUAUAGCCUGUACGGCAUCUGCAGGGAGGCCUGCCAGGUGCCCGAGACGCUCUUCAAGUUCUUUUUUUGGAUCGGUUAUUGCAACAGCUCCCUCAACCCUGUUAUCUACACCAUCUUCAACCAAGACUUUCGGAGGUCCUUCAAGCACAUCCUGUUCAAAAAGAAGAAGAAGACCUUCUUUCAGUGACCCCCCGGUGGGCUUGGGGUGGGGCUGGGAGGAGGAAGGAUGAAAAGGAGCCCCGAGGGGGCGGCCGGGUUGGACCGGAGCAGGAGGAACUGCUGAAGGGGUGGCUCGGCAGUUGGGGAAGAUGUGAGGAGAGAGGUGGAAGGACACCUGGGGGGAGGGUGGAGGAGCAAGGAGGGAGGAUUGAAGAGGAGAAGCGGAGGAGGUGGUGGAGGAGGGAAGGAUGGAAAGGAAAGGAAGAAGGAAAAGGAGAAACCUUAGUUCGAGGUCUGCGCGAAAGCUGUCUUCCGAAGUCGCCCGGCCGGGUGCAAGUCCUCUGGACUCCGGCUGAGGGCGCCCACUGAGGGCAAGGUUUGGCCUGACCGCCGGACCAGAGUUUGGACAGCUGCAGAAAGUAGGGGGGAAAUGAGGAAGGGGAGAAAUUAAGGGGAAAGGGCUGGCUUGACCGUGAAGGGCAUCGACAAUCUAAAAGUAUUUAAAAUGUUUGCCAAAAAGGAGGAAAAAAAAGAAACCAAACUAUUUUCUAAAUAAACCUUUGUGAUCUAAACUUUUCAGUUGCGCCAGUACUUAGAGUCGGACAGAGAGGGAGAGAUGGGAAAUUGGGCGGA